AGAUGGCGUGGGAAGCUAAGCUAUAAUUGGUAAGAGCAGAAUCCUACGUUGUCCCGAGUAGAGGAGAGGAGAGGAGAGGAGAGGGGCCCAGCGAGCAGAAGGUGAAGGAGAAGGUGAUGAAUCCAUUGUCUUGGCGCGUGCGAUGGGCCUCUCAAACCUCAGAUCAGUCACUAUCGUUUUGGGAGUUUCCAACUUGUUGGUACUCCUCAUCGGUUCCUUUCUCAUUUUCCAAUCUUACCCUCUCUGUCCUUCCCGCUUCUUCCUCUUCCUUCCUUUUCUCGCCGUUUCUCUCUCCGCCUUUCUUAGGAUUCUAGUCAUGCUUCUAACCGGAAUUGCCCAAAAACAAGCCGCCCUCCUCAUUCUUGACGACACCUCCGACGACCCUCUUUCUCGCCUCCACAGACGGGUAAGGUAUAAGAAAUGGCUUCGGUGGAGUCGAUGUACCGUUGUGGUUGUAGUGCUCCAAUUUUUAUGUGCAACUUACCUUUUGUUCAAUUCUGCUGACUCUUCCUCCACAGCUACGACAUCUUCUCAUUGUGCUUUAGAAUCGAAAUGGAACUCUGACUGGGGCAAGCACAAGCUACUAUCAUUAUUCGUCAUCAUAGUGUGUUUCGUUGCUAUAGUGCAGUGCUUUGCAGGAUCCGAUGUUCUUAAUUGGAGAUCUUUCUAUCAAACCCAUGAUAAUGCUUGGAAAAGCCAUUAUAGAGAGAUGUUCGAUAAUGGCAUACGCGAGACCUUGUGUUGUCUUGGCCGGGUUAAAUACUUGAGUGCAUUGGAAGAAGAUGAAGUCUAUUCAGUUGCAAGAUUAUUGGGUGAUCUUGUUGCUUAUCGUGCUUCGGGAACUGGACAUAUGGAACUCUUGGCAGGUUUAGCUUUACUUCAAAACCAUGCAAAAUCUUCAGAAUCCUAUGAAGAAUCCACUGAAGCACCAGAGAUGCAAAUUAGGGAGGCUGCAGCUCUUCAUAAAUUUGCUGAAGCUGCAUACACAGGUCCAUUGCUUGAUGUCGGACGAAAUCCUUUCAUAUUUCCUUGUGCAUGGCUCUAUAGACAAGGAAUUUUAUCUCCUUGGACACGCAAUAGACGACCUGUAUUGGAUGGUGAUAACUGGUGGCGAGGUCAUGCUGCGGCAUUUCUAAAGUAUGUCAAUUUGCCUCCAGAAGUGCUUAGACAUGGACGAGUCAACCAGGUCAAGUGUCAAGCUGCAUACUUUAUUGUGGUUCUACAUCAUCUACAAACUGUUGUAAUUGCUAUACGUGGAACUGAAACCCCUGAGGACCUAAUAACCGAUGGGUUAUGCACAGAAUGCACCCUUUCUCCAGAAGACUUGGCUGGUUUGAUGAACUGCAACCACAUUCAUUCUGUUAUAAAGAAAAAUGUGACUUCAUCAUUCCCUCACUAUGGACAUUCAGGUAUAGUUGAGGCUGCACGAGAGAUUUUUAUGCAGAUUGAAGGAAAUCCUGAAGAGCAUGACUCUGAAUCCUAUGGACUUCUUUCUAAAUUACUGGGAGUUGGUUGCGAAUGCUUUGGAUAUAAUGUCCGCAUAGUUGGGCAUUCACUUGGAGGUGCUAUAGCUGCAUUGCUCGGACUGAAACUAUAUAACCGCUACCCUAAUCUGCAUGUUUACUCAUAUGGGCCCCUCCCAUGUCUGGAUUUAGUUGUUGCAAAUGCAUGUUCAGAAUUUGUGACAAGCAUUAUAUUUGGAAAUGAAUUUUCAUCUCGCCUUUCAAUUGGAUCGAUUAUGCGGCUAAGGGCAGCUGCAAUCACAUCACUAUCACAAGAUCCUAAAGCAGAUAGUGCCAUGAUUUUGAGACUUGCACGUCAGUUUCUAUUUUUAAGCAAAUAUCAGAGAAAUAAACGUGGGGCAGAGGAUGAAUCUGGUUAUUAUUCAGGGGUCACUGUCCAGGAAGAUCUGAGCCAUCAAAUCUGCAGAAGCCAGUCAGGCAGCAACGAACAAGAGGUUCAAGAAGUUUCAAUCUGGACUGAGACUAUUAAAAGUGAUGUUCUUGCUACAGCUGACCGUGGUGAAGAUACACAUCUUUUUGGUAGCGAGGGCAACAAUGAGCAUGAAGAAUUUUCACUCUGGACUGACACUAGGGCAAGGGACCAUGUUGUUGAAAUUGAUAAUGCCGAAUUUACAAAUCCUUUUGCUAUAGGUGUACAUUCAAUUGAUGAUCCUGUGUCUCAGUUUAUAGAUACUGUUCCAAACUCUGAAAAUAAGGCCGCUGGUGAUCCCCCAGAGAUGUAUCUGCCAGGACUUGUAAUUCAUAUUGUACUGGAGCAGAGAAGACCUCAAACUGAUCUUAAGACAUCUUGGAGAACACUGGAGAGGGGAAAAUGUUAUAGAGCUUACGUGGCAAACCGGGAAAGCUUCAAAGAUUUUAUUGUUUCACCAUCCAUGUUCCUUGACCAUCUCCCUUGGAGAUGUCAUGAUGCCUUGCAAAAGAUAUUCAAAGCUCAAACUAGUAAAGAUCAAGUAAUGGAACCUCACAUCAUCUGAUCUGUAAUUGGACAAAUCUAAUGCUUACUCUGGCAUUGAAAGCGACAAGAACUGGAUUAGUUUUUGCUCCGGGUUCUUUGUAUGGUGAUGCUUUUGAGUGAGAUCAAGAUCUAUAACAAGGAAUGAGCCUUUUGAGUUUUGAGUCUCUCCUUCGAAGAUUAGAUUACCGUUUAAGGAAAGUGUAUGUGCUUUUUCAUAUCAUGUUAAUUCAUACAUGCUUUCUCAGUUUACUUAUAUUGUAAAUAAUCUUCCUCUUCCAGGUGAUCUUAACAUUAAGGGUGCGGAUCCAGAAUCAUUUUUUUUUUUUUUUAAUUUUUGUUUUCGGGAAUAGAAAUGGAUAGAAAUAGUGAUUGACAAAAUCGGUCUAUUUUUUUUGUUCUCGAGAACGAACCGAUUUAAUUUCUGUGCUAGGGAACAGGAAAAAGAAUAAUUGUUUUUUUG